AUGUCCUUCGGGUUGGUCAUUGCUCCCGCUAUCUUCCAAAGGAUGACGACCAAGCUGCUCGAGGAUCACCUAGGAAAAGGCUGUCUCGUCUACAUUGACGAUAUCAUAAUUUACGGCACUUCAUGGCCCGUACUGAUGGACAACUUCGAGUGGAUUCUUCAACAACUACUCCGUCAUCAGAUCCACCUCAACAUCCGGAAGAGUCACUUCGGACUCUCCGACAUU